AGAAAUCCUAGUGGUACUUAGGGGUAGUUGCAGUACAUUACAGUCUAGCCAACUAAGCCAAACUUGAAGUUGUUUUUGAUGUGUAAAUUCUUUGCAUAUACUGAAGCAUAAGUCUGUACAAACUGUGGGAGAUUUCAUCUGUAAUUUUGACGACUUUAUACUCACGUUUCCGAAUAAAUAUAUGUAGACUUUCAGUUUUCAGGAACAAUUGACGACAAAUUGAAAGUAGAAACAGUAGGCUGCACACGAGGUAAUGUAAAGCAAUGGCCUCCCGUGGACAACAAGAAACCAGUAAAUUAAAACAAAAUUUAGAAGAACAACUGGACAGAUUAGUACAACAGUUAACUGAUUUAGAAGAAUGCAAAGAUGAUUUAGAUGAAGAAGAAUAUGAAGAAACUAGAAAUGAAACAAUUGAACAGCUGAAAGAGUUUAAGGAAUCACUAGAUAAAAUGCUAGAAGGAAAUUUAAGUUUAGUCAGUUCUUUAAAUGGAAUGCAAUUAGCAAUACAAGCAGCAAUAAGUCAGGCAUUCAAAACACCAGAAGUCAUCAAAUUAUUUGCCAAAAAACAACCAGGACAGUUAAGACAGCGUUUGGCAGAUAUAAAUCGUGAUUCCAAGAUUGGUAAAAUGUCAAAAGACUUGGCCACAGAACAAACAGUAGAAAUUUUGACAGCUUUAAAGAAAUUGGGCGAAACAUUAACACCUGAAGAAGAAGCCUUCCUACAGACCAAUUCAUCGGCUAGUUUAAAACAAUUUGAAAAAGUUUCAUCAACUUUAGCAUCUGGUGAUAAAGUUUUAGCUGUAGCAGGUUCACAAGUGGAAGAGGCAGCCAAAUAAUAAACUACCAGUAAUAAAAAAAACAGCUUCCACCAAAUAAAACAUUUUCUUUAUAUCCAGCUAAAAAUACUCAUAUUUUCAUGGGAUUCUUUAAUAUCCAUUCCAAGUAUAAAUUUUUUUAAUGGACAUCAAUUUGUUUAAUUUUAUAUAUUACUCUUUACAUGUAAUAAAUAUUUGUUAAUACCUAUAUUUAUUGGUAUACCAUGAAUUAGGGUGUAGUUAGUGUCACUGUACAUAUAUAUAAUUAAAUGGAUGUAACUGGCCUGUUAUUAUUAAGGAUGGUUGUUUUUGUAUAAAAUGUAAUUUAUUGAUUUUGCAUGACCCAUUUUAUCUUCUAUUUGUUUUUAAGUGUUGUGAAAUAACAGAAACUAGAGAUGUUAAAACAAAAUUCAAUAAUUUUACUAUUUGUAGAUAUCUUUUAUUUAUGUAAUGUAUGAUGUGAUGAACUACCAUUGUAAUCUGAUUCAUUUGUAUUUUAUUUAUAUUUACAGUAAGAUCUAACAACAUCUUUGAGACUUCGAAGAGAAGGGUGGUAUACUUAGGUCUACUAUUGUUAUACAUUAAAAAAAACCCACAAAA